AUAUAAAUCUCAUCCAAGCCAAGUAAAGAUAAUCUGAGUUCAGUGUUUGGAAUUUGAGAGUGAAACAAAAUGAGUAUCAGCCGCGCGUUGAAGGUGUCUCCGAUUGUGCUUAUUUUGGUUCUUUUCGCAUUAGCGAAUGCGAAGAAGUCCGGAGAUGUGACCGAGCUGCAGAUCGGCGUCAAAUAUAAGCCCCCAUCGUGUGAACUCCAAGCUCAUAAAGGUGAUAAAGUCAAAGUGCACUAUCGGGGGAAGCUCAUUGAUGGAACCGUUUUUGAUUCCAGUUUCGAAAGGGGUGAUCCCAUUGACUUUGAGCUUGGUAGCGGACAAGUAAUCAAAGGAUGGGACCAAGGACUGCUGGGGAUGUGCGUCGGUGAAAAGCGCAAGUUGAAAAUACCCGGCAAGCUUGGAUAUGGUGAGCAGGGUUCUCCGCCCACCAUCCCAGGUGGAGCAACGCUAAUAUUUGAAACCGAGCUUGUUUCAGUGAACGGGAAGCCAUCAAGUGGUGGGGAUACAACUGACGAUGAGCUAUAAGAUUAGUCACCCGCAGCAGAUUAGCGGCACCUUUUGUUUUCCUUUUAGAAACGGUAUAUGGAUGGCGUAGCCUCAACAUGUCUCCUGGCCAGUAGGAUUAACUAAAGCAUUUUCCAUUGGUUUGUUGGAGAGAAUAUAAAUGUGCAAUUACAUUAAUAAGCCGUUGCCAGAA